AUGUCUCCAAAAGAAGAUGAGAUAACUUCGGUUACAUCAAAAGUUCAUAUUGAUGACUUGAACAUAAAAUCAACAUUUUCAGGCCAUGGAAUAACCAUCAAUGUUGAUCAUGAAGUAGAUGAUGAUGAAGCAAAAGUAUUGGCAAUGGGAUACAAACAAGAACUUAAACGAGAAUUUUCUCUUUGGUCAUUAUUUGGUAUGAGUUUUUCAUUAUUGGGAUUGUUACCAUCAGUAGCGGCAACUUUCAACUACCAGCAAUUGGUCAUUGGCAUGUCACCAUUACCAUGGAUCAUUGCUAUUAUAUUCAUUACGUCAGUGGCAUUAUCCUUGGCUGAGAUAUCUUCGGCAUUUCCAUGUUCAGCUGGUGCUCCAUAUGCGACUUCACAAUUAGCUCCAGUGAAAUACAAGCUGUUUUUCUCUUGGUUUGCUUAUUGGACCAAUUGGUUUUGUCAAAUUACUGGGUCCCCGGCUGUCAGUUCAACUUGUGCUAGUUUGAUGUUGGCGUUGUAUUCGUUUAAUUCUCCUACAUAUUCACCUAAACCGGGCCAUGUGUUUGGCUUGUCGACAGGGAUUCAAAUUGUUUGUGGGAUAAUGUGUUCGAUGCCAUCGCGAUACGUGGCGAAGUUUUGUUCUUUUACAGCUUGGUGUAAUGUGGCCUUUUUAAUUAUUGUAUUUGUGAUGAUAUUGGGUGGGAAUAAUAGAAUGGGAUUGAAUAAUGAUGUUUCUACCAAGUUUAAUUCAAACUCAGUGGCGUGGUCGUUGGAGAAUCAAACUGAGUGGCCACAGGGGCUUGCAUUUUUAAUUUCGUUCUUGGGUGUAAUUUGGGUCAUGUCAGGUUAUGAUUCACCAUUCCAUUUAGCAGAAGAAUGUUCAAACGCAUCAAUAGCUGUACCUCGAGCUAUUGUAAUGACGAGUGUUGUUGGUGGAGUUAUUGGAUUUUUCUUCAUGAUUGCUAUUGCCUAUACAUUGGUUAGCAUUUCGGAAAUCUCAAUGGAUACAUUGGGAUUAGGACAACCGUUUGUUUCUUAUUUAGUUCAAGUGAUGAAACAUAAGCUAGUUGUUGCUUCAACUGCAUUCACAGCAAUCUCAUCUUUCUUCAUGUCACAAAAUUGUUUAUUAGCUUCAUCGAGAGUGACUUAUGCUUAUUCUAGAGAUGGGUUACUACCAGGAUCUAAUAUUUGGAAACAAAUUUCACCUGUGACAAGUACCCCCAUAUAUGCAGUAACUAUAAACAUAGUUAUUGGUGAAUUGUUAUUACUUUUGUUAUUUGCCGGCGAAGUUGCAAUUGGAGCCAUUUUCUCAGUGGGAGCCAUUGCUGCAUUUAUAUCAUUUACAUUACCAACAUUGUUAAAAUUAACUACCGCUAGAACAACAUUCAAACCAGGACCAUGGAACUUGGGUAAGCUUUCACAACCUGUAGGAUGGGUCUCAGUGGCAUUUGUAACCAUGAUGAUUCCAAUCUUGUGUUUCCCCACUGUCAAAGGUAAGGACUUACAUGCAAAGGAAAUGAAUUGGACGGCAUUGGUUUAUUUUGGUCCUAUGCUCCUUGUGACUAUUUGGUAUUUUGUUGAUGCUCAUAAAUGGUAUCAUGGACCUAGAAGUAAUAUAGAUGAGGCUGAUAUUGUGUAUGAUGCUGAAGUGAUUGAAUAUGGGAGUGAAAAGGGUGAUGAAAAGAGAUAA